AUGUGUGUUGUACCUGCCACUGCUCAGCACUUGCCUGUGAGUCAGGGAGUAUGUAAUAUCACCAUCUGCUUACAGGGUGAACAUGUGUGGCUCGAAACGAACACAGGCGGAGAGUUCAACACAGCAAUUGGAGCCGUGGUGAAGCUGAUGAGCUCUGGCAAGAUUCUGCUGUUGGAUGAUGAAGGCAAGGAGCAGUGGGUUGGUGCCUCAAACAUUAACAGCGUGCGCCCCAUGCACCCUACCUCAGUGAAAGGAGUGGAUGACAUGAUCCGGAUCGGAGAUUUGAAUGAAGCUGGGAUUUUGCACAACCUGCUCAUCCGAUUUCGGGAGAACAUCAUUUAUACCUACAGCGGCUCCAUCCUGGUCGCCCUGAACCCCUACCAGCUGCUCCCGUACUACACCAUCGAGCAGAUCAAUCUCUACACCAACAGGCGCAUAGGAGAACUGCCCCCUCAUAUCUUCGCCAUUGCUGACAACUGCUACUUCAACCUGAGGAAGAGUAAAAAGAACCAAUGCUGCAUUAUCAGCGGGGAGUCGGGAGCUGGGAAGACCGAGAGUGUGAAGCUAAUCCUGCAUUUUCUGGCUGCAGUCAGUGGGCAGCACUUGUGGAUCGAGCAGCAGAUUCUGGAGGCGACCCCAAUUCUGGAAGCUUUUGGAAACGCAAAAACUGUAAAAAAUGACAAUUCCAGCCGCUUUGGAAAAUAUAUUGAAAUCUACUUCAACGAUGAUGGAAUCAUUGAGGGAGCAAAGAUUGAGCAGUAUUUGUUGGAGAAGUCCCGUGUUUGCCGAAUGGCUGCAGAUGAGAGAAACUAUCACAUUUUCUACAGUAUACUGAUGGGGAUGAACACAAAGCAGAAGAAGCUCCUCAGUUUAGGCACAGCACAUGAGUAUGACUACCUGACGAUGGGUAACUGUACGAGUACUGAUGGACAUGAUGAUGCCAGACACUACGCCAAUGUUUGCUCAGCUAUGAAAAUCCUGACAUUCUCUGACAGUGAACAGUGGGAUAUCAACAAGCUAUUGGCUGCUAUUUUGCACUUGGGAAAUCUGCAUUUUCAAGCUGCUGUGUAUGACAACUUGGACUGCUGUGAGCUUUUGGAAUCCAAUCAUCUCUCCAUGGCCACAAAGUUACUUGAGGUGAACCCACUAGAGCUGAAGAAUGCAUUGACUCACAGGUCCAUCAUGAUCAGAGGAGAGAAUGUGACCGCUCCAGUGAGCAAAACCCAGGCAGCGGCUAGUAGGGACGCAUUGGUGAAGGGAAUAUACGACCUCCUCUUUGUGUGGAUCGUCAAAAAGAUUAACACCGUCAUCAACACAUCCAUAACCACAGAUCCCGAAAAGGUUUUCAGUUCGAUUGGAUUGUUGGACAUCUUUGGUUUCGAGAACUUUGAUUCAAACAGCUUUGAGCAACUGUGCAUUAACUUCGCCAAUGAGCACUUGCAGCAGUUCUUCGUAAGGUGCAUCUUCAAAGAGGAACAGGAGGAAUACAUUCGGGAGAGCAUCAACUGGCAGCACAUUGAUUUCAUCGACAACCAGCGGACUUUAGAUGUUCUUGCAGUUAAACCGAUGAAUAUCAUCUCACUGAUUGAUGAGGAGAGCAAAUUCCCAAAGGGCACUGACACGACGUUGUUAACCAAGCUGAAUAAUCACCACAGCAGGAGUAUGGUCUACAUCCCUCCGAUGAGCUCUCAUGGGACUUUGUUUGGCAUCGCUCACUUUGCAGGAGUGGUUCAUUAUGAGGUGAAAGACUUCCUGGAGAAGAACAGAGAUCAGCUGAGCUCCAACAUCAUCCAGGUUGUGCAAACCUCUAAGAACAAAUUUCUCAAACUCAUCUUCCAGAACAGUUUUGGACCAGUGCUGGGAAAGUCACAGAGCCAUGGGCAACUUCUACCUGGAGGUUCCACCAAGGACGUUGCGCACUUGUGUUGCAAAGAAAUUGCCAAAUCCACGCUCGGAACCGACGGAGACUGGAAGAUAGGGAAGACAAAGAUCUUCUUCAAGGAGAAUGACCACUUGAUCCUGGGGCUUGAGCGAGACAGGGUCUUGACAGCGAAAGCCAUGAUGAUUCUGAAAGUUUUGUGGGGGUUCAAAGACAGAAUGACCUUUUUGAGACUGAAGUCUGCGGCUCGCACAAUCCAGAAUCACUGGAGAGGAUACCAGUGUCGCACGAGAUACCAAACGCUGAGGCUCGGUUUCCAAAGGUUACAGGCACUAUACCAUGGCCGUAAGAUGGUGAAGGAAUACAACGAGACUCGCAGGAGGAUCAUCCUGUUCCAGGCACAGUGUCGGGGCUACCUGGUACGCCAGAACAACUCCAAACGGCUGGCCGCUCUGACCAUUAUCCAGGCCUACACCAGGGGGAUGCUGAUUCGAAAGAGCUACCGGAAAAAGAGGAGAGAUAUUCAGAGACGUCUCGAGGCUGGGAAACUCCGUUUUGUGGAGGAGCGGCGCUUGGUGAAGGUGGUGGGACUGGAUCUGGCCGAACACGAGGCUGACAGGAAGAAGUCGGAACAUCUAGCACGCAUGGCCAAACUGGACAUGGAAAAUGAGAGGCGCCAGAGGGAGGAAUACUUGAAGAGGAAGCAGAAGAUGAAGACUGAGGACCUCGACGAGCUGCAUAUGGUGGACAGUAUCUUCUCCUUUUUGCCUACGAUCCUAGCAGAUCAGGAAGGCCAGGGGCCUCAGGGAUUCGAGGACGUGGAAGUGAAACAGGAGAAACUGGAGGAGUUUGAUUUGGACAAUAUCUCUGUACCCUCUGAGUCUGAUGAAGAGGAUGAUCUUACCCAGUACACCUUCCCGAAAUAUGCUGCUACAUACUUCCAGGGCUCUGCGACCCACACGCACGUUCAGAAAGCUCUCCGGCAUCCCCUGCUCUACCAUGAAGAUGAAGUUGAUAUUGCGGCUUCUUUGGCAGUCUGGAAUAUUAUUCUGAGGUUCAUGGGUGAUCUGCAAGAGCCCAAGACUUUUACGCAGAACAAUAGGACACGCGACAGCUCCACCAUUACAGAGAUUUAUGACUCCCAGGUCAAGAGGUCUAAGGAGCACUUGGACAUGAAUCAGCCUAUGGGUCAGGGUCCACAGCAUCAAGCACAUGGACAGGACAUAUAUUCGGGUGAGAACUCUAUCACGGGUAGACCGAUGUCAAACCUGGAGAAACUCCACUUCAUCGUCGGGAAUGCCAUUGCCCGACCUAACAUCAGGGAUGAGAUUUACUGUCAGAUCUGUAAACAGCUGACGGCCUGCUCUAACAAGAAUGUUAGAGCCAGAGGAUGGAUUCUGCUGUGUCUUUGCGUUGGCUGCUUCCCACCCACUGAUGGGUUUAUAAAGUAUUUGCGUAAUUUCAUUCACAAUGGGCCUGAGGGCUAUGUUGCGUACUGUGCUGAACGUCUGAGACGCACCUUUGCAAAUGGGGCUCGGAAACAGGCACCGAGUUACCUGGAGCUGGAGGCCACUAAACAUAAAGGUCCCAUCAAGGUGAUGGUGACCCUGAUGAGUAGAUUGAGCUAUUCAAUCUUCAUUGAUUCAGCGUCUACAGCCAAUGAACUUUGUAAAACAAUCACAAGCAAGAUUCAACUCAAGGACUCCUUUGGGUUCUCCAUUUACAUUGCACUGUAUGACUCUGUCUCCUCUCUUGGGAGUGGCCAUGAACACGUGCUGGAUGCGAUCUCCCUGUGUGAGCAGUAUGUGAAGAGGCAAGGUGGGCACGAACGCCAUGCACCAUGGCACCUCCUUUAUCGAAAAGAGAUCUUCACUCCUUGGCACAACAGCAGUGAGGACCCCAUCAGCACAGAUCUCAUCUACCAGCAGAUCAUCCGAGGGAUCCAAUUCGGGGAAUAUCACUGUGAGAAGGAGGAAGAGCUGGUGGAAAUUGCUGCUAAACAUUACUGCAUGAAAUUUGGAGCAAGUUCUGACCCUAAUAAAGCCCUGGAAGUCGUCAAUGACUGUAUCCCUGAAAAACUCCGCAAGGACAAACCCCCUGAGAAAUGGUGCCAGCUGAUCACAGGAAAAGUCAAGGAUUUGUUUGUCAGCGAGAAGCCCGAUGCUCUCAAUCUGAAAGAACAUCUUGUCGAUUUUGCUCGGAUGAAAUGGUCUCAUAUGUUCUCCAAGUUUUUUGAAGCUGCAAUAUUUUCAGGGCCCAUUUUACCAAAAAACCUGCUGGUGUUGGUGGCGGUGAACAGCGUCGGCAUCAGCUUUGUGGACAAGAGCGAGAAAAUCCUUUUGAAAUGGUCGUACGCCGAAAUUACUGGAAUAAACACCAACAGGGCUUCAAAGCUGUACGGCCAGAGCGUGACAGUGACCACCCUGCAGGGCCAGGAAUACACACUGACCAGCAGGCAUGCUGCUGAAAUAGCUGACCUGAUUGUUCUGUUUCUGAAUGGCCUGAAGAGGAGGUCGGAGUAUGCGAUUGCAUUACACAGCAGCUCCAGGCAAGUUGAUCCUAUAUUCCUCAAAUAUGAGAAGGGUGAUUUGAUAAAAUUGGUGAGAGAUAAGGAAAUCACUGAAGACAACGGUUGGAUUCAAGGACAGAAUGAAUGCAGUGGGAAGACGGGGAGUCUGCCCCUGUGUUCACUGAAGUUGCUUCUUAAAAGGGACCAGAAGCUGCUGACAGGGCCUUGGACUCUCCUGAAUCAGACCUACAACAUAGUGGGUACCAUUUGA